UCAAAAAAUCUUUUUGUUAUUGAUAAACUGAAGUAAUCUUCAAAUUUGUGUCACAAUUGACAAAAUUCAAGUGUAGUUGAGGUGACUUUCCGAAAGUUUGGUAAUAAGUGUUCAAACUACAAAAUGUUUCUCUUCUUCGUCCUCUCCCUAUGCACCCUUUCCGCCCACGCCCUUGACAACGGUUUGGCCCUAACCCCGCCCAUGGGUUGGCUGCACUGGGAGCGUUUUCGGUGCGAAACCGACUGCCGCCAAUUCCCCUUCGACUGUAUUAGUGAGAAUUUAUUUAAAGCAAUGGCCGACAAAAUGGCCUCUGAUGGUUAUUUGGACGCCGGCUACGAAUACGUUAUUAUGGAUGAUUGUUGGUUGGCUAUGGACAGGGACAGUGAAGGGCGUCUCCAAGCCGACCCUGACCGAUUUCCCUCGGGAAUCAAGGCUUUGGCCGACUAUGUCCAUGCCAAAGGGCUCAAAUUCGGGAUUUAUGAGGAUUACGGGACUAAGACUUGUGCCGGAUAUCCGGGAAGUCUGGAUCAUUUGGAAAUUGAUGCAAAGACUUUUGCGGAAUGGGGAGUGGAUUAUUUGAAAAUGGACGGAUGUAACGUCACUCCGGAUGAAGCAAUGGAGGCUGGGCAUUUAGAAAUGGCGCGAUAUUUGAAUGAAACAGGGCGCGAGAUUGUGUUCUCAUGCGAGUUUCCCUUAUAUCGUGGCGAUAAAGUGAUUAACUCAAUUAUGAAGUUCGACAAAAAAUUGAUUGUUUUCCAGGCCAAUUACAGCGUGGCAAUUGAGGCUUGCAACCUUUGGCGGAACUAUAACGAUAUUGAGGACUCCUGGGUCAGUGUUACCAACAUUGUCAACCAUUAUAAGAAAAAUCAGGAUAAGUAUGUGGCGGUUGCAGGGCCGGGGCAUUGGAACGACCCAGAUAUGUUGAUUAUCGGCAAUUUUGGGCUAAGUCUGGACCAGAGCAAGGCCCAAAUGACCAUAUGGGCCAUAUGGGCGGCCCCUCUGAUCAUGUCGGUGGACCUGAGGACCAUCAAGCCCGAAUUUAAGGAAAUUCUCCUCAACAAACACGCGAUUAAGAUCAAUCAAGACCCUUUGGGCAUCCAAGGACACUUGCAAACAACGAUAAAUGAUGUUGAUGUUUGGCUGAAACCAAUUUCGCCAAAUGUUGGUGGUGAAUUUUCAUACGCUGUGGGAUUUGUCAGUAAUAGGGAUGACGGAUAUCCUUAUAGAAUUGAAUUCACCCUUAGGGAUUUUGGGCUGAAUAAUACGGCAGGAUAUGUGCUUACGGAUGCGUUCGUUUCUGACGAAACAACUGUAGUAAAAAAUACGGACAAGCUCGAAGUUUUUGUUAAUCCCUCAGGAGCUGUUCUCUGGCAUUUGGUUGCUAAUGAAGCGUAGAGAGUACAAUAACAAAUUAUCAACUUGUUAGUGAACAACUUUGGCUUGUUGAUCGAUAUAAUAAAUAAAAGUUUAAAAAACU